AUGCCCAACCAGGGCCGGCGUUCGCGCUCCACCACAUCCAUCAGUACUAAAGCGAGCCAGCGCCCCCUCAGCCGUGCCUCGACCACCAGCCUGCAAUCGCAAACCACCCAGGAUCAGCAUAGCAACGACUUCCAGCAGUCCUAUUCCCAGCACGGUCUUCCUCAGCCUCAGCAACACAUGGGACACCAGGCGCAAUCGCAUAUGCAGUAUGCUCCCGUCGACCAGAGCCUGCUACAGGCCGCCCAUUCCCUUGGCCACCAGGACAACAUGAUGAUGCUGCAGUACCAGCAACAUGCCGCGCCCCAAAUGAUGCCCCAACACUCCCAGGAGACCUCCUACGCCCAUCCGCCGCCAAACCCGUACAUGCAUCUGCAACAGCAAGCUUCCGACUACGCCAACGGCAACCCCGUUGCUGCUGCCAGCGGCGCCGAGACGGACGACAAGAAGAAGAAGGGCGUCUCUGCCAGCGCCACCAACGACAAAGAGCUGCGUGAAAUGCUCACCCGUGCCGACGGUAGAUCAUUGAAGGAGGUGGCGGACGAAGUAUUACGCACCGAGCGGACCUCUCGCGCCGAGAAAUCAAAACAGUUGUUUGCAAUGUUAUGGCUGAGACAAACAUGCAAGCAUGCGAAGACCUCAGUACCUCGGAAUCGUGUUUAUUCGCAAUACGCCGACCGCUGCGCAACGGAGCGCGUCCAACCGCUCAACCCUGCCUCCUUUGGAAAGCUCGUGAGGGUCAUCUUCCCUGGCAUUGCCACACGACGCUUGGGAGUCCGCGGCGAGUCCAAGUAUCAUUAUGUUGACCUGGCUCUUGUGGAUGACCCGGUCGAUGGCCAUGAAGUUGAGCGCGCCGGCAGUGCUCACAGCCAGGACUUUGGCCAUACGCGCCAGGGAUCUACUCACCUUGCCAUUGAUUUCAACAGCAUGCCUAGGCUACCAGCAGAUACUGCUGUGUUUCCAGCUCAGGAGCAAACCGUCGAACCGCAGCAGCGAUCCACGGAAACAGGAAGACCGUCGUUUGGCCGUGCGUUUGCUGAGCCCUAUGUUCCUGGCUAUGGCUCCGCGAGACAAACUUCGUCCACCUACACGCAGCACCUCAAAUUCCCUCCUCCGCAUCAGGACGAUUUCCAGGAGAAUGACUCGAUCGAACUUCCUAAUAUUCACGAUUACGUACCGCCAAAGACGGACAUCGACGCUGCAAACGCAUUAACAGCUCUGUAUCGCACUCAUUGCACCUCCCUUGUAGACUGCAUUCGCUUCUGCAAGGAAAAGCAAUUCUUCCGCUUGUUUACCUCAUUCCACGGCACACUCACUGUGCCGGUUCAAAAACUGUUGGCGCAUCCUGCCAUGGCACCUUGGAUUAGAGAGUGCGAUUGGUUAAUGUACCAAAAGAUGAUCCGUUUCGUCUCAAGGCUUACAUUACAAGUAACGCCACCUGUGGUCUUGAAUUUCUUAAACAACAUUUCGCAGGAGUUGCAUAAACACAUCAGCAAGACCUUCCAGGGACAUCCGCUUCACGUCCUCGAGGCAAGGCUAGAGCCGGCUACUCUCUUUGCCCAACUGCUUCAUCGGAUGCUACGUGCGAACCAGGCAGCCCACGCUGCUGCCGCCCUGCUAAUGAUCGACCAAAACCGGAACCAGAUGUGGAUGGAUUGGGUCACAUAUGUCAACCCGAAGCGAGUUAUGGAAAGCGAGCUGCCCAACUGCGGCUACGAGGAGACAUACAAGAUCCUCACCCAAGAUGUCAGGAGUCUGUUGUUGCCACUUUCGACACCUGUGUGGUUGGAGAACGGCACGCAUUAUCAAGAGGCAGCGCUUCAAGCGGCGAGGCAACACGGCGACUCCCCCAUCACGAAUGAGACGGUCAUCGACCGGCUAGCCAACUUCCUCUCUAGCCUUGGCACCCGCUUCCCGAAUGCCGAUGCUCGGACGCUCCUCCACUGCAUCAGUGCUGUUGGCACAGCAGCCUGCCGCGAGAUUACGGUGGAGAACGGGGCCAGCUUUUCUCCGUGGUGGAUCACCAAGGUUUUUGUCGACGAGCUGAGUCUGUGGCUUGCAUCGCUAGGAGGAUUUUUGGCGCAUCGGGCGCCCGAGCGCAAGCGGCCGUCGUCUCAGCUGUCGCCGAUGGAGGCAUCGUUGGGAAACAGGGCAGAGAAUGGAGGGGCUGUUCGCGGCACUAACCAGGACGAGAGUCGGUUCAGUCUCGCGGCAGACUUCUCGGUGGAUACGAGCUUUAUGGGUUCUCAGGGCAAGGACGAUUCGGGUAACGACAUUAAUGCUCGAAACGCCCAAGAGUCCUUCAACCAAAACAAAUAUCAGUCGUUCGGCAUGGACUUUGAGGGCCAAGACCUCGACGACAGCGGCAUCGGCAUGUCGCUGAUGGAUGACAACCUCGGCACGUCGAAAGGCUACAUCGGUGCAGACGCAAACAACUACGCACAUGGCGGAAUGAACUGA